AUGGAUAACAUCAAUAAACCUCCUGAAUCAAAUGGCAGAGUGUCUUUCGAUCCUGGUUGGAACGACCCACCAACUCUCACAUACAACGCGCAACAGCCGACACCAAAUAAACCCCGAUUAAACAAAAGAGUUGCUUUUCCACUAUCAAAUAAUGGCGAUAAUUUGCCCCCAGCUCCUAUGAAAUUACCUCCAAUGCUAUCAGCAUUACCUCCUACUCCAAUAUUGCUACCUCCUGUACAAAAAACUAUAUAUGGAAAUACAGAAGAAAAUAUGCAGGUUGAUAGUGAAAAAACCUUAAAUAAUGUAAAAGAAACACUGUUAGAUAUUUUAAAUAACAGUACUGAAUUGGGAACUAAAGUAGAGAGUAUAAGAAAGAAAAUAUGUGCCAUGGAAGAUAUGUGGACAAAUGGAAAAAUAAAUGCACAGGUUCAGUUAAAAAUGCAGGAACUAACACAAGCCCUAAAGGAUGACAACCCUUCCAAGGCUGAUGAGAUCCACAAAGCCUUGAUGGUAGACCAUGUCAGUAUAGUUGGUACUUGGAUGCCGGGUGUGAAACAACUUAUCUAUCACUGCAUAGCCCGAACGGAAUUAUUAGCAAUAGAUAAAGAAUAA